AUGUCCUGGAUCUAUAUCAUCACACCUACAACCAUUCUUCCUCCUCCGCACCAAAGCCUUCCGCCCUUCACACACAUCACCACCUCUCACUCUGCCUUCACCAAGCAGAGCUUUGGUGCUUUAGAUCAUAAACUGGCGCCCACGGCCCUCUUCUACUCUCCUGCCCCGGAGCAGUUGCUACCAUCUCCACAUCACCUUCUUCACCCCACACCAAACAACGACAGCCCGAGACUGCCUUCAAUCUCGCGGACAUCGUCUAUUUCUCCGUUGCCAUCUCUUAACACGCUGGCUUCCGUCGCACUCCCGUCUCCCCCGUUGCGGCUUAACGGGGGCUUCGCCAUGACUUUCGCUACUUCAUCACCGGGUGCAAGCACUGCUGGGCAAGGGACCACUCCGCCUAUUUGCCAAAAUUGUACAACGUCUACAACUCCUUUAUGGCGAAGAGAUGAAAGUGGUUCUGUUCUCUGUAAUGCCUGUGGAUUAUUCUUGAAACUUCAUGGCCGACCACGACCGAUCAGUUUAAAGACUGAUGUUAUAAAAAGCCGGAACCGUGUUAAAAAUUCUGGGCAGCCUGCAAAAAAGAAGAGUCUAUUCGACUCGCCAAAUGGAUCAACAAAUGGUCACCCAAUAGCAAGAUCGGAAAAUGGGACACCUCCCCCGGGUCAUCGUAAACCAUCCUCAGGUGCCACACCAAACAGAUCUGUGUCACCCCAGUCUCGAGCAGGAACUCCUUUGCCUCCUACAUCGCACAUUGCACCUCCCUCAAUAUUUGAGUCACUUGUCAACCAUGCAGACAACUCUGUCGUUGGAAGUCCUUCUCCCCUUCCAGGGCUCAACUCCUUCAAUCAUCCCUCACCGGGAUCCACAUCAUCCCUGCAUGAUAGGCAUAUGGAGCAGCCCACGCCAACGCUUGAUAGUCUAAUGAGCACCAAUAGCAAACUCAAAACCCGAGUUGCAGAAUUAGAGUUGGUCAACGAUCUUUUCCGAACCCGAGUGAAUGAGCUAGAACAAAGCGAAGCAAAUGCUCGACAAAAAGAGAUUACCAGGCGAGAGGUUGAGGCGCAGCUUCGAGUUCUCCUUUCCGAUAGUACCAAGCGCGAGGAAGAACUAAAGCGAAAGCUCGAGGAUGCAGAAAGGGAGCUUAAUGAGUUUCGUGGGGAUCAUCAGCGGAAGAAGGUCAGGGUCUCUGACUUGACCGAAUAA